UACACCAAAUUCAAACUUUACCGGAAACAAACAAAGAAAAGCCCAUUCCUUUUUUUCAUUCCAUUCAGUCACUUUCCCAAUUCCCCCCUCUUCCCCUGUCUCGCUUCCCCCCUAAUUCCACUCCCUAAUCUCAAAGCUCGGACCUUUUGCCAUCCCCCUGUUCGUUAAUGGCGUCUCGCUACAACUCCUACGACUCCACCCGCUCUUCCGCCUCUUCAUUCACUUCCUCAUCUGAAUUUAAUCCUUCUUCCAUUACUCCUUCCUCCUCAUCCAGAGCUCUGGUCAAAUCCAAGCCGUCCGAUCUCUCCCAGUUGAAAUCCAAUCCCAACAAAUCCAAGCCCAAUGGCACCCAUAAUCUUACAGCAAUGGUCAAGAAGUUCAUGGAGAAGAAGACCACUUUAGGGUCAUCGUCGUCGAAGAAGAAGAAUGCAAUUGGUGGGUUGGUGAUUCCGGCGGAUUUGAUAACGGAGGACUUGAAGAGGACGACGCCGGCGGCAAAGAGAGGGGCCGGGCUAGUGGGUUUGCAGAAGAAGCUGUUUGGGAAGGAGAAGGUUGGUAUUAAGAAGGAAGUGAAGGCUUUGACUGAGGUGAAAGGAAACGGCAAUGUUGGCAAUACGAGGACUUUAGCGAUGGUUUUGAGGAGUGAGAGGGAGCUCUUGAGUGCUAAUAAGGAGAUGGAGGAAGAGAUUGGUCAUCUCAAGUCGAUGCUUGAGACCAGAAACAGAGAGGUGGAGAAGUUGAAGGACUUGUGCUUGAAGCAGAGGGAGGAGAUCAAGUCAUUGAAGAACGCGGUACUAUUUCCCGAUCUUUCGAACAAUGAGCUUCAAGAUCUCCUUGAACAGCAAGGAUCAGAGUUGAAGCAAGCCAAAACCCUCAUCCCAAAUCUCCAGAGGCAGGUCACUUCCCUCACAGGCCAGUUACAGUGCCUUGCCGAGGGUCUAGCCGAGGUGAAGGCUGAGAAAUAUGGGAGAGCUCGUUGGAGCAACUCUCCGAAGACGCCAACAUUCGAUUGUGAAGGAUCUGCAAAUUCUCUAGACUUCAGUUCUUGCGGUGCUACGAUUCCAGGCAGCCCCGAUGAUGAUAUGUUUGUUCAGGAUCUAAAUCCUUGUUUGACACCUUAUGUUGCCAAGGCAAAUUCCAAGGUAGGUAGCAUACGAUCUUUGAAAUGUAUGGAAUCUCUUUGUCCCAAUGUUUAAUGAGAUCCAUCAAUGUACUUACAUUCAUGCAGGAAUUCGAUGAGAUGGGGUAUGAUUGUUCUUCUUCGUACGAAGAACAGUUGCCGGAGACCACAAUGCAGGUCUCAGAUGAGCCUACUUUCAGUUCCAAUCUCAGGAAGCUGUCUAGAAGCUCUGACCGGUACAAGAGCCCCAAUGUAGCAGCAGCAGCAGCUGCCAGAGCUGCUAGAAGAUCAGACGAAAGCAAAUUCAAAUAUGGGAAGCAACAACUGUACCAAAGAGCUUUCUGAUCAUCUUUGUUUGCCUGUUACCGAUCUUGCUUUUUGUUCUUUUUUUCUCAAUACCCUUGGUUGCUUAGAACUGGGAGUCCAUAUACAUUAUCUACUAGCUGUUGCUGUUGUUGUACAUGGAUUCUGAAAAGAUUUCAUCUUUGUCCACAUAAAUGAAGCAAUUUCAACUACUGUCUCUUUCUUAUGCUGUUUUGAGGGCGAAAAUAGCAAAGUGCAUGCAAAGAUUUAUGCUUUUCAGUACAGG